GAGAGCGAGCCGAGCGGAAAACAUAGGGGCUGGUUGGGGUUUCGCCCUCGGUCGUCGUCAUUGGCAUCGUCAUCCUCACUGUCGAGGUCGCUCCUACUCGUCCCCUCGAGAGCCUGCUAGCUGCAGUUGCCAGGCCAUAGAGCGAGCCUCUAGGUGCAAACUCGGGACUCGCCUUCAAAUUCAGGCGCAAUGCCGGCCGCUACCAACGACGGGCCGGCAGUUGCCCUUUCCUUUGCUAAUAACUUCUGGGGCAAGGAUGACGCUGGCGUCGGACCUCUGCUGGAGCGCAUGCACGCGGCCAAGCAGACAUGUGACGAGUUGCGCGCCUUCUAUAGCGCACGGUCAUCCAUCGAAGACGAAUACGCGCGCAAGCUCUUCUCGCUGUGCCGCAAGUCGCUCGGGUCGCAGGAGAUGGGCACGCUCAGGGCAUCGCUUGACGUGGUGCGCGGCGAGGUCGAGUCGAUCGCCAAGCAGCACAACGGAAUCGCGGCGCAGAUGAAGAGCGAGCUCGAGGAGCCGCUCGCGGCCUUCGCCGGGGGCAUGAAGGAGCGGCGCAAGAUUGUGCAGAACACGGUCGAGAAGCUGCUCAAGACCAAGAUCCAGCAGACGCAGAUGGUCAACAAGACGCGGGACCGCUACGAGCAGGAGUGUCUCAAGAUCAAGGGCUACCUGGCGCAGGGCCACAUGGUCAUGGGCCAGGAGGAGCGCAAGAACAAGGCCAAGCUCGAGAAGACGCAGAUCAGCCUGGCCACGUCCAACAGCGAGUACGAGGCCGCCGUGAAGGCCCUCGAGGAGACGACGGCCCGCUGGAACCGCGAGUGGAAGGCAGCCGCCGACAAGUUCCAGGACCUCGAGGAGGAGCGCCUCGACUUCACCAAGAGCAGCCUAUGGACCUUUGCCAACAUCGCCUCGACCGUCUGCGUCAGCGACGACGCCUCGUGCGAGAAGAUCCGCCUCUCGCUCGAGAAGAUGGAGGUCGAGAAGGACAUACUCAACUUCAUCAGCGAGCGCGGCACCGGCCAGGAGAUCCCCGACCCGCCAAAGUACAUCAACUUUUGCCGCGGCGACGUCGACUCGCAGUCCGAGGCCUCGGAAGACGAGAGCUACUCGGUCGCCCAGUUCCCCCGGAGCAUCAACCCGGCCUUCCGCUCGUCGUCGCCGCAGCCGUCGACGUACGAGUCGCACCACGACCCCAACUCGACGCUAGCGCGCAACCUAGUGCACGACGCAGUCGGCGAGGUCGGAGCCCUAGGCACGCCCAAGAGCCGCGAGAACACGGUGACGCCGCAGAAGCUGCCGCCGGCCAUCCCCACACCCCAAGAAAUACAGGCCCAGCAGCAGCAGCAGCAACAGCAGCAGUCCCGGCCGCGCCAGCCCCGCGGGUACCAGCCGCCGCGGGCCAACCUCGAGUACGACCCGGCCGAGUUCGCGCCGGUGCCGCACGACCCGUACCCCAUGGACGGCAUGACCAUGCUGUGCCGGCCGACGGCGUCGGACCUCAGCUCGGCGCCGUCGGGCGUCUCCUCGGUGCGGCCCUCUAGCAGAGACUCGCACAGCGAGACGUCCUUCUCAAGCCAGGAGCCGGCGUCGGCGCCGUCGCCCACCAAGCUGCAGCUGCAGCAGCACCAGCCGGCGCCCACCACGCCGACGGCCGCGGGGGGCAAGGAGCGGAAUCUUCUUAAGAAGAGGAGCGGCUUCUUCCAGAACCACAGCCCCUUCCGCCGCAAGAGCACCAGGGAGGUGGCGUCGCUCGCGGGCGGCGGCGGCGGCGGCAACGGCAGCAGGAACACAUGGCACCCUUCCAAUAACGGCGCGCGAAGCAACAACAACAACAACAACAACAGCAGCAGCAGCAGCAGCAGCCAGAUAAUGCUCCCGCCGUCUGACCACCGCAGCGCCAGCCCGGACCCGAUCGCCGCCAACGCGAGCCUGGCGCUCAACGUGGGCCAGAACGUGUUCCCCGUCGAGACGCCUGACCGCCGCAGCGCCAAGGCCGCCGCCGCAACAGCCGCCGCGCCCGAAGACGACCCCAUCGCGCUGGCGCUGGCCGAGAUCAAGGGCUUCGCGGCCAGCAGCGGCAGCGGCAGCGGCACGGGCAAGGUGUCGUCGGUGCGCAUGUCGGCGGACCACUACCACGGCAUCGCGACGCCCGCGCCGGGCGCCACCAGCCCGCUGGUCUCGCGGUCGGCGGCACAACAUCAGCCCCCACCCCCUAUUGGCGGUGGUGCGGCAUCGUCAGGCAUACGCGGCACGCCGCCGCCGUCGUACGGCGACCACCAAGUACAACGACUGGGCGUGCCGCCACCGGCCGUGACGGCCAAGGCCAUGAAGGAGUCGUCGCAGAAAUUCCAGCAGCAGACGCGCAGCAUCUUCAACACGGCCGCCUCUUCUUCUCCUUCAUCCAACAAUAAUAGUAGUAAUAACCACGACAGACCGGGCUCGUCGUACGGCGGAAGCAUCCACAACCACAACCACAACCAAAACAGCAGCAGCAGCAGCAGCAUGUCGCGCUCCGGCACGCGCUCGGUAGCCGACCUUCCGCGCGCCGCCUCGCCCGCGCCCCUGCGCAGCGUGUCGCCGCGGCCUGCGUCGCGCAACGGCGGUGGUGGAUAUGGGUCCCCCGCCCAGCAGCAUCGGUCCGUCUCGCCGAACCCGUACGGAGGAGGCAGCAGCCAGAGGGGCAGCAUAAGCGGCAGUGGCCAGCAGCAGCCGCGCGGCCAGCCGAGCUACCAGCGCGCGCCGUCGCAGCAGAACCAGAAUAAUCAGAGCCAGAGCCACUACAGCCAGCAGCACUCGCACCGCGGCUCGGACCAGGGCCUGUACAAGACGGCCAGCCGCGGCGGGGGAGGUGACUACCGCCACAGCUCUCCACACGACUUUAACGGUGGCGGCAGCGGAAGCCGGGCAGUGUCGCCGGCGCCGCCGUUCGCGAGCAGCGGGCGCAGCGACUACGGCCGCCCCAACAGCAGCAGCAGCAGCGUCAACAUGGCCGUGCAGCUGGCGCCCGUGCUAGGCGACGAAGGGGGCGGGAGUGUCUACGGAGGUUCGCAGCGCGGGCGCGCCGGGACUGGCGGAACCGGGCGGCCGGGCACCAGCUCGUCGUCGUCGCGCGCCAUGAGCUUCUACGAUGGCGCCGGCGGAUCGGCUGCGGCGCCGCGUCAGCGCAGCAAGAGCGUGGUUGCUGCCGACCCGGCUCUUGCUGCACGGGGGUAUACGAGAGACGGGGGGGGGAUUAUGCAUUUUGCUCGCGCCCUCUACAUGUACCAGGCGGCCAUCCCCGAGGAGCUCGGCUUCGCCAAGGGCGACAUGCUCGCCGUCAUCCGCCACCAGGACGACGGCUGGUGGGAGGCCACCAUCCAGGGCGGCGACGGCCGCAUUGGCCUCGUGCCCAGCAAUUACCUGCAGCAAUGCUGAUUGCUUCUGGCUCAUUUUGGGAGGGAGGUGUUGGUAUGUGCCCAUGUCGACGACGACACGACGAUGACGGCAACGAAAGAACGAACGGUUCGUUGGAUUUGUUUUCUUCUUCUGCACAUAGGUAUAGAAA